CAACUCGUAGUACUGCUCUUCCUGUUUUCUUAAGCAUUGCUGCAUCUGGCCAACAAUGAAGGUCCUGUUUUGCGUGAAGCGCUUCUGCCGCUCGCCCUUGGCUCUGGUCUCCAUCUGCUUGCUGUGCGUGGCCGCACUCACCCUCACAUCCAGAGUGCGGCCUGCGCUGCCGGUUCUCUCGCACUACCCUAGCUCGCUGUGCGCCAGCAACAACACGCAGAUCGUCCUGGUUAUCCGCACGUGGCCGGAAAACGGCGCCAUACGUGACGCGAUCCGGGACACCAUUGCACACAGCGCCGUCCGCUCAGCGCUGCCUUCGUGGACGUUCCUCUUCUACACGGGCUUCGUGAGAAACUCGACGAGGAUGGACGCCGUGCGUCGCGAGAUAAAGACCCACGGCGACCUGCUCGUCUCACCGUUCGAGGCCGCGGACAACAACUCGGUGGAGAUCGUCCUGGACGUGAUGUGCUGGGUCGAGCAACGCUGCGGGAAGGCACGACCCCUGCGCCUAUUCGUCCACGUCAACGAUAGCGUGUUCGCCGACCCGGUAGCUCUGGAGGGAUACUUGCAUCAGAUGAGCGACACGGCGAAGCGCCCUUCGUUCUACUGCAAACCGGUCAAAGGCGUCGACGUGGGUCGUGACCCGAAUGGCGUCAACUUCGUGCCUCGGGAUCUCUUCCGGGGUCCCGUGUUUCCACCUUACUGCGAAGGGGACGCCUUCUUCAUCAACGGAUCGCACCUUGGUCCUCUGUACGCGGCGUCCCUCUACGCUCUGCACUACACACUGCUGCCGCAGUACGUCACGGGUCACAUGGCCGUCAUCGCCGACAUGGGUCACGUGGACGUCGCGAAGCGCAUGCACGUGGCCGCCAACCCGGAUGUUGGGCGUAACCGAAGGAAACCGGGCGAGGCACAACUCUUCGUCACCGGCAUGUGGUCGAGCAUGUGGAAAGACGUCUGGCUUUACUCGCUUUACAACCAGACGCGCGAGACGCAGCUUGAAAAGAAACUGGUGGAAGGAAUAGUAGAAAGGCUGAAAGCUGCCUCGAAUUGACAUCACGUAG